CGCCAGUCAGUCACCGUCGCAAGAGGCAAACAGUUCGCAUCACACACGGACACGCGACGUUCUUCGGUUUCGGAUCGCGCGUCGUCGCCGUAUCGGAAUUUAUUAUUUUGCCUCUCUGCUAAUUGCUAGAGAGGUUCCGCCACCGUCGUCGCCGCUACUUCCACCGCGAAAUUUUCCGAGGGGUGGGUGAGAGUGUGAGUGUGCCGAGAGGGUAUUUUUGCGGGUUCGAUUGGGAGCAAGUUACCGGAUUCCGAACAGAACCAGAACACACGGUGCAACCUCGAUCUCGGGAACGGGACCGCGAGAGGUUUCCAGCCAAAGUUUGCGGCAAGAACUGUCAUCGGGUGACACUGCGCGAGUGGGAAAGAAUUUGCCGCGCGCGCGUGAGUUAGAACGAGAGACAAAGCGCGAUCUCGUUUCAAGUGUCGCGAAAUUCCGAGUGUGUGACACACGCACGCACGUUCGCACGUACAAUCCGGAUUACCGAGAACGCAGGACAGGUCGCGCAACCAGCAAUCAACCUGCUUAAUCUGAGCAGUUCUGCGCCGAAGAGCCUGGCCCACCAAACCAGCGCGACGCAGCCCCGAAUUCCAUUCCAGAAUUUUGACUGUUCAUAAAACAAGCAACAACUCGUCGUCGACGUCCACGAAAACCAACCCGAAAGCAGAACCCUGGAGAAGAGGGCGAAGUAAUUUCAUUUUAACAAGAUUCCUGUUUCUUCGGAGCUUUGCGCCUCCACUUCUGGUGGGUACUGGCUGUACAACAACCACCACUCACGGAGUCUCGUUCUCUCCGUCUCUCUCGCGCCGUAUUCUGGUUUCUUCGGGCCACCUCGUCCGUACACAGCGAGGAGGUGCGGGUGUAUUUGUGGGCUACUUCGCCGCCGCCGCCGCCGCUACUUGAAACCAAUACACAGAGGCGCGCAGGUCUUCGCGCAGCAGUAACAAGCACCAGCUUCCAAGAAGUUCAAGAACUUGAGAGAGAGCCACACAACCGCGCUGGCGCAGGCACCAGCAGACGCAAUGAACUGAGAUCGGGAUCGCGCGCUCGCGACGGGAUUUUCGAGAAAUAAAAAACGUCGAGUUUGUGGGAUUUGUGCGUGCCACGGAAUGUGCCGGAACGGGAACCUGCAGCAGCAACCGGACAGUAACAGUUUCAAGCAGCGGAAGAAAGUGAGGCUGGAGCAGCAAGUGAGGUGUGUGGGAGUGUGAACGCAAGCAAGCAAAACCUCAACAGGAGCAAAAGUGCAAUGUGAAUCAUAGGUUUAAGGUGUUGUGGAAAUAUUUGGUCAGUUUAGAGCGAGUGUGUGAAUUCAAACCAAUCAAAACAAGUGCCUUUUUUGAGAAGAGCUUGAUGCAAGUGCCGGGAAGAUGCCUCACAACAGCUCCACCGGUGAUGAGCUCGGCAGCACAGACGAGGUCAAGGUGUUUAAGGAUGAGGGGGAUCGGGACGACGAGAAGUUGUCGGAGAACCUGCUGGAGGAGAAGUCCAGCUUGAUUGAUUUGACCGAGAGUGAGGAGAAGACGGUGAAGAAUGGGACGAGCCGGCACGAGCAGAACCCGGCGUACGGCAAGUUGCCGCACGGGCACCCGGGGUUCAACAUGGGUUACCUGGUGCCACCGUACGCGUACCCAAACGGGGCCGCGGCAGGCCUUCCGGUGUCGAUGGCGAACAAGAUGGGCCUGCCGCCGUUUUUCUGUCACAAUGGAGACCACCUGUCAUCGCCACCACCUGCCCACUGCGGAAUCCUGCCGUACCAGCUCGAUCCCAAAACGAUGGGACUGACUAGGCCACCGCUGUACAGCUUCCCCACCAGCCAGUAUCCUUAUCCAAUGCUGAGUCCGGACAUGCCCCUGGUGGCAUCGUCGUGGCACACUCCGUCAAUGUACGGGCCGGCGACCGGCUUCCGGAAUCCGUACCCUGCGUCACUGCAGAUCUACACGUCCCUGCCGAGCGAUUUCUACCGAUACUCGCCAAGUUUGCUUCCGUCGGUGCACACGCAUCCGAUGUUGAACUCCCAUCCCGCCAUAAUUACCCCCGGUCCCAAGCAGGACAUUCUCGGUCAGGGCGGUCGAUCGUCGUCGAAUCAGCCGACGAUCAAACAGGAAGGUGGGGAGGAGUCCUCGCGGUACCACCGAUCCUCCAGCAAUAGCCAUCACAGCCAAUCACAUCACGAACAGAACAAUCACAACAGCAGCAGCAACAACAACAAUAGUAGCAAUCACAAUCACAACAACCAUCACGGGCACCACCAGCGGCAAUCGCUCUCGGAUAAGGAGCUUGCGGCGGAGAAGAAGAAAAAUCACGUCAAGAAACCGUUGAACGCGUUCAUGCUGUACAUGAAGGAGAUGCGCGCGAAAGUGGUGGCGGAGUGCACUCUCAAAGAGUCGGCCGCCAUCAACCAGAUACUGGGCCGGAAGUGGCACUCGUUGACGCGGGAGGAACAGAGCGUGUACUACGACAAGGCCAGACAGGAGCGGCAGAUGCACAUGGAGUUGUACCCGGGCUGGACGGCCAGGGAUAACUACGGAUACGGGGCGAAAAAGAAAAAGAGGAAAAAGGACCGAAGUCCGGCGGAUCCGGGUGGAAACAGUAUGAAGAAGUGCCGAGCGAGGUACGGGUUGGACCAGCAGAACCAGUGGUGUAAGCCGUGCCGACGUAAGAAGAAGUGCAUCCGGUACAAGGAGAUGACGGACAGCGAGGAGGGUCGCGAUCAGGGAUCGGACGAUGCAAUCGGUAGCUGUGGCAGUAUGGACGAUUCCAAGAGUCCGGAAGAUGAUCGGGAAUCGCUGAACCAGUCGAUGUCGAGUCCACGGAGUAUGAGCGUGCUGUCGAGUUUGCAGUCUCCAUCGACGAGCAUAGCGUCACCGCUGAACCUGCUGGCUAGUCCGGCGACCCCGACCAGCUACUACCACCACCACGAUCACCUCGGGCUAGCGUCGAUGAUCGCGGCGCAACAGCAGCAGCAGCAACAAGCCCUCCAGAACAGUGUCAGUGACAAACUGAACAACAUCAGCAGCGACAGUGGUCUCAGUUCCCAGCUGAACAACAGCUACAGCAACAACUUUAGUCCGUACAGCAAUCACCACACGAUUCGAAGCAGCGCAAAUCAACACGGCAGCAAUAGUACCAGCAAUAACCUCAACUCGGGGGUCAACAGCCCGCCGGGACUCCUAAACGGCGGCAGUGGCAGUGGUUCCAACAAGAAUCAUCACAGCAGCUCCGGCAGCAACAGUCUUCCCCCGCACCACCAACAGCCCCAUCCACCGGCCACGGGUCCACCUCCGAACGGCAGCAGUAGCAGUGUCUCAGCGUUACAAAUUCCCCCGCAUCUUCAGCAGCUCAGCCUGUCCGGGUCGUCACCACCCACGUCUUCCUCCUCAGCAGCAGCAGCACUGCCUCCAACGAGCCACCUCAUCAAGGAAGAACCGGGCUGUCUGCGGACAAGCCCGCCCAACUUCCUCCUCCAGCACCACCAGGCCGCGGUCAUGGCCGCCGCCGCCGCAGCCCACCUCCACCGGCAACACCAGCAGCAGCAGCAGCAGCAACACAACGGGGAUCUCACGAUCGUCGGCGGGGACCUCUCCGGCCGGAGUUCCAGCAGUGCAACCAACAACGACAGUGGCCGCAGCACCGGCAGUAGUCAAGCCAACAGCACUAGUGAUAGGUAGUAGUAGUGGCGAAAGUGUCAAGGGGGGCCCUACUUAAUUGAUCAUUUUCGAGGCUAGUUUGAGAGCCCCAUUAUUAUCGCGGUCAUUGUUUGCACUGGACGCGCCCCGCGACAACGCCGUUUAACGCCAGACGAACGAACGUCUCAACCAAAAGGGAGAUCCGGAGGGAGAAUGCUUAAUUUGACACAUUGUACCCCUGCGAGC